GCGUUGAGAGUCGGCUAACUCGAUACGAAUGCAUCGCGUCGAUCUCUACGGAGAAAUCGAGCGAUCGAUACGGGUGACGUAACGAUAUAUCGAUGGAGUUGAUCGAUAUAUCGCCAACUUCACGGCUCGCCAGCAGUUUUAUACAGCGCUGUCGUGCGCUGGCUCGUGUGUUUUCACUUCUACCAUCCACGCGGAUGGUCAUCUGUCAACGGCAGCAGUCGUCUGUGAGAAAUUCGAGCCGAGACCGCGCGCGAAACGCGAAUCGAUACAGCGAUAUCGCUUUCAUUUUGUGACAGCUACGUGAAAUCCUUCCCGCGACCAUGGCUCUAGAUCGGCCCUUAUUCAACGUCUUGAUCCUAAGUUUUGGAUUUAUGCUGGUCUUCACGGCGUUUCAAACGAUGGGCAACAUAGAGAAAACUAUUCUGACCAGCAUCCAAAAGGACGACACCAGUUUCAACGCGGACGCUUACAUCAGUCUAGCCAUCAUCUACGGCGUGUUCGCGACCUGCAACUGGUUGGCGCCGUCUUACAUCUCGGUAACGGGUCCACGAGUGGCCAUACUCACUGGCUCCUGUUGCUACGUCCUGUUCAUCGCCUCGUUCUUCUGGCCGCACGAGGGAUUUUUGUAUGGUGUAUCAGCCGCCCUCGGAGUAGGCGCCGCCCUCAUCUGGACCGGACAUGGACAAUAUCUUACGGAGAACAGCGACAAUGAGACGAUGUCUCGAAACGCCGGUAUAUUCUGGGCGAUUUUCCAGACAUCGCAGUUCGCCGGCAAUCUCUUCGUCUACUUCACGUUCAAAUCGCCCGAGAUUAAUCCCGAGCAACGAACAAUCGUUUUCGGCGUGCUGACCGGGCUUGCGGUGAUCGGCACCGUUGUGCUGGCGACUUUGAACAGAUCACCGCAGAAAUUAUCCCUGGGCGAAGCCGAGGGGGUGUCCAGCGCCGACAAGGAGCUACGGCUGCCGGAACCGAGGCGCAGGAAACCUCUGGAGGCUGCGUGGAGCGCCUUCGUAGACGCGAUCGGACUCUUCCUCACGCCAUACAUGCUGCUGCUGUCGUUCACGUUCGUCUACACGGGUCUCGAACUCACUUUCUACUCCGGCGUUUACUCGAGCAGCGUCGGCUUCACCAAGGCCAUGGGCGAGGAUCGUAAAAGCCUCGUAGGCUUGUCCGGUAUCUUCAUCGGACUCGGCGAAGUCGUAGGCGGUGCCAUCUUCGGCAUCUUCGCGUCCAAGAUAUUCCGUAACUCCGGCGGCUGGCCGGUGGUGAUCACUGGUUUAUGCGUACAUCUCUUCGCUUUCAUCAGCAUUUUCCUGAAUCUGCCAAACGACGCGUCAUUCAUGGACACGGAUCACGUGGGCUUCAUCACACCCUCGCCGAUCCUCGCGAUGGCGGGCAGUCUCGCCCUGGGCUUUGGUGACGCCUGCUUCAACACGCAGCUCUAUUCGCUGCUGGGUAUCCUGUUUACCAAGGAGAGCGCACCGGCCUUUGCUCUUUUUAAAUUCUGCCAGUCGGUUGCGGCAGCCAUCAGCUUUUCGUACAGUACUUCAGCCGGAUUGCACAUACAACUCGCGGUAUUGCUUGUGACUAUAUUCUUUGGUACGGCAGCCUUUUGUUAUGUCGAAUAUAGGGCGAAAAAAUCGAGAAAUGAGAUCCCGCAGGAUAUCGAUCCAGCGCUGGUCGACACCAUAAACAGUGAAGAUUGAUAGAUUUAGUUAAACGCAUUUUUUAGAGUACGAAAAUAUAUAGCGAGAUCGAAUACGAAAGAUCUCGAAAAAUAAGUAUUGAACAUUAUCAAACACGAAAAAUUGCGUUGAACAAAAUUCAUAAACUCAAACAAAUCUUGAGGGAAAUUAUUUUAAUAUCUUAAUGUGACUAGAUAAGAUACCUUUGCAAAUUUAUAUGAUGCCUGAAUUUUUCUCGGUUUAUUAGAGACUUUGCAAAUCGUAUUGUAAAUACAGUUAACGUUAAUAUUCACGUUUGAUGUGAACAAUGGCGAAUUGACAUGUUAUUGCAAAAAGUCUAUUGUAUAUAGUCAAACCCGUAAAAAUAUCAUCAUGUGAUCGAUUGUUAUAUAUCGUCGUCUUCCAAUUUCUAUUUCUCAGCCUUUACUUUCAGAAUAUUGACGUAUUUUAAAUUGAUAUUUUAAAUUAAUUUCUCUUUUAAAAAAGCGAUAUAUAUACAAAUGUUAGAUGCAUGCAUAUGCAUCUAUUUAUUAUAGACUCGAUAUUCUUAUUAUAAAAUAUUAUAUGUAAAAUGCAAGAUUUAUCAAUUGAUACAAUAAUUUUAGUCUUAUCAUACACAUGUUUAAUUGCAAUAUUGAGUUUGCAUAUGCAUGUGUGCGUGUGUGUUGUUAAUUGCAAUUCUCGCAUCAUUUUUGUAACGUACUGCGAUUUUGAUAUUGUGACUAACUAGUCUGUAACACGAGUCUGCAAGAUUCGCGUUUAACUAGUCCGGUAUGCGACAUUUACACCUAGAAACUCGAUUAAAUUAUCCGAUGAUUAAAUCCGAUAAGGUCAGACAUAAGGACUUGUUGAUCGACGUUCACCACAAGUGUCGCGACAAACAUAUAGAUUAAUUGCGUAUGUGUACAGAAUAUAUAAUUAAGUCACGUACUUUUACACAAUUUCUCCAUAAAAAAAAUGAAAAAAUGGAAAAAAUGAAAAAAUUUUUAAUAGAAAAUAUAAAAAGUCCAAUUUUUUAAAAAUCUAAUUGAUUCAAGUAAAAAUUGCAUCAGACUGAAAUUAUAAAAUGCGAAAUAGCAUACAAUUCUUAUUAAAGUUUUGAGAUGAUAAAAUUUUUAUAAAAAUCUAAUCAUGCAACUCUUGCUAUUCUUUAUAA